AUGUGACUCACAUAUUUGCAAGAUUCCCAACCUUAAACUAUAUUUUUGGGUCAAAACCAUAAAACCAAAUCUCAAAAUAUUUCAAUGACAGUAGCUUUAAUGAUGCCACCGUUAAUCAAACCUUAUCAUCAUCAUCAUUUUAAAGCAAUCACGCUGACCUCCCCUUUUAUUUGCAAAUCCUUAAAAACAUCAACUGCAACAAAAAUGUCUGCCAGCGUCACAAAAAACACAGCCGCCAACGUGACAAAAAGAAAGCUUCCUGUUUUGUUGUUUGAUAUUAUGGACACUAUUGUUCGUGAUCCUUUUUACCAUGAUAUCCCUGCUUUCUUUGGGAUGUCGAUGAAAGAACUAUUAGAUUGCAAACACCCUACAGCAUGGAUUGAGUUUGAAAAGGGUCACAUUGAUGAGGCGGAACUGGCAAGGAUAUUUUUCAAAGAUGGAAGGCAUUUUGACUUGGAAGGCCUCAAAAGUUGUAUCAAGCAGGGAUACUCCUAUUUAGAAGGCAUCGAAGAACUUCUUUCUUCACUGAAAGAUAAUGGCUAUGAGAUGCAUGCUUUUACAAAUUACCCAAUAUGGUAUAGAAUGAUUGAGGACAAACUGAAGCUUUCCUCUUUCUUAUCCUGGACAUUUUGUUCAUGUAUAAUUGGUAAAAGAAAACCAGAUCCUCUUUUCUACUUAGAAGCGGUAAAGCACCUUGACAUCGAGCCACAAAAUUGCGUUUUCAUUGAUGACAGGUUGAAAAACAUAGAGGCUGCAAAAGAAGCUGGCAUCAUUGGUAUCCAGUUCAAGAAUGCAUCUUUGUUACAGCAAGAUCUGUCUCUACUGGGAAUAACAUUACAAAACAGCAACACACAAAAGCAUGAACACAGAUUAUGAUCUCAUCUACAACAAUAACAGAUGUUAGCUUGCAAUUCCCCCAUUUCCAAGAAAAUCAAUAAUAUUCUUAUUUUCAUGUACAUUGAUUCAAGUAUCCAACAUUGCAUCCUUCAUAUCUUGACUGUUCUUAUUACGAAAAAAACGGUAUUUAUUCAUUUGGUAUACAAAACAAAUAGCAAUUUUUUUGGUCA